AUGUCUCCACAAUCACCCUUCACUGACCGAAAUGCCAGACGGCAAAGAAAUCCCAAUGAAAUUAUGGUUCAUCUACCAAUCGAUAUCCAACUGCUCUUAAUUGAUCACGCGGAUUGGACCCAACUCCCUAAUCUCAUGUGCGUCUGUCAUGUAUGGCGUACCUACAUCCUACGACACGUUAAAACCCGUUUCAUUGCAGACCGGUACACAUACCAACGCCUCCCCCUCAACAUCGGGGCUCGUCCACGAAAUGCACCACAAUGGCAUUUCCAUAAACUUCUAACUUACGUUACCCAUAUCAUCUUCCUCAACGGAAAGUUCAUUUUCGCUCAUCUAGGACCCGAGCAAUUGACAGGGCCGCCACGGUGGUCUGUCGGCCCGUUUUGGCGACGCAGUGGUAUGCUAACGCCUCCGGAAAACGAUGAAUCGAAUGCUAUACCCCAAAUGAGAACCCUCGAUGUUCGAAUAUUCGCCGACGAUCCGGUUAUAAUCCCCCACAAUCUUCCAUGCCCGGUUGUAACCCCAAUCCCUCCCGGAUCAUUGAGGUCUUGUAUUCCAUCUCGACUCCCAUAUUAUACACCAUUCUAUGACGGACCCGGUAUGAUAGAGGAGUAUAAUCUCGAAUUCAAUCGGAUUUUUUAUCCUCCGCCUAUGAUAAGCCCGUCUACGGGGAUGCGGUUGGCAACAUUCCUACUGUUGAGAAAGGUCGGCAUGGCGGCCGGAUGGCCGCCGCUAGUGGAUCGGCUUGGGAGGAGAAGAGGGUUAGUCGAAAUAGAAGCGAUGUAUAGAAUGUGUGGUAAUGGGACUAUGGGGAUUACGUUUAGGAUGAAAUUGGUGAGCUGGGAACACUUGAAUCGGGCGAGCGAGGUUGUUCGGGUGAGGUUCUUGUAG